AUGUUCUCGUCAUCAAAGAAACCUAGGUUUAACCUAGACUUAUCAAUUCAUGAGAUAUCUAACAUACCGCAUGUUAACGGUUAUUGUUAUAUUGAUGUUCAGGUGAGGGACGGUAAGAAAAGAAAACCACACCUUUUGCUGAAAGCAUCUUCAAAUGAUAUUGGCAAUUCAAAUACACCAUUAGAUAGGUUUGAAGGGUCAUAUUCAUCCAGUGAUGUAUCUACAUCUACGUCUAUGAAGAAGAUUCAUAAUUUCAAGUGUAAAUUUAAUUUCAAUAUGAAUUGCAAUUUGAAGUUCUUAGUGAAGAAGAAGAAUAAUCGAAUUUCCAGCAAGUAUUUGCUUAUGAAGGUAUACUAUGUAACUGAAGACGACGUAAAACAUAAAGAUCAUGAAAGAAUUGUGUCUCAUAGAGGACACAAGAUAGAAUUGGGUAGAUUAGAACUCAAUUUAUCGGAAUACAUAAAUGUUGAAGAGCCCCUAACUUCGAAAUACCUAAUGAGCAACUCAAAAGUGAAUUCGAUUUUAAAUUUGACAGUUUUCUUGAGUGAAUUGCCAGAAGGCUAUGACUUUCAUACUCAAUUACAAGUGAGUGAUGAAAGUGCACAUACCUCGACAUCCGGAUCUUUGAAUAAAGCCAAUACAAAAGUACAAAGUAAACCAGCAAAGAGUAAAAAUACGAAAUAUAAUGCACCCAAUUUAGAACGUACUAAAAUAUUUGGAGGUCUUAACGAUGUUAUAAAGUCUUCUGAGACGUCUCCACUGGCUAAUCUGUCUACAUCAUCCAUUCCAAGUGAUGAUUCUGACAAGCAAUCUCAAGUGCAGCAAAAUCAUGGUCCACCUAAUAGAGCAGAUAUACGUGAUUAUGAAUCUACCACUUCUAAACAACGUUCUAGUGGAGAACACGGAACUACCCCAUCGAAUAUUAUUAGCUCCGCUAACAUAGUGAAUGAAACCAGAAAUGCUAAUGUCAUGAUGGACCCAAUUGUAAGUAGCUUAUACCUGAAAAUUCUCGAGUCCACAUGGGACCCAGAAUUGCAGGAUUUAUUACAAUUUACACCUCAAGAAUGUAUUAAUGAUAUAUUUGAUAAUGAUGGAGAUGGGUGGAACAAAGCCGUAUCUCAAAAUUUCGGCAGCUGGUCAGACGAGAAUAAUGAUGAUGAAAGUAUAAAGAAUAUCAAUGGGUUAAUUAAUGAAGCUUCUUUCAGGGAAGAUUUACGGAGUUGGACUAUAAAUGAUAUUCGUCCUUGA